CCGAGUGCUUCUUAUCUACACUAUACUAGAACUAGAACUCUAACUUCUUAGAAGUUGUCCGAGUUCUUGUUAGAACUUGAUGUCCUCCUCAUCGACGAUUCGGAUUUCUUUCAUCGAGUUUGUUCACUAAGAACUUUCAACAUCAUGAUUAGAUGAGGAACUGCAACAUCUAAAGGAUCUCUAGCUUGGUAGGCACAAGAAGAAGAACGACACUUGUUACCUCCACAAGAAGAAGAACAAAAAAAAAAGACAGCAAAAUGGGUGGCGGCAAAAGCUCUGGCAAGAAGAAAUCCGGCUCCAAGGGAGCCAGCAAAGCGGUCAUCAAAAGCAAUGACAAUUAUGGUUCAUGUUGGGACUAUGCAGCAGGGGCAGGGGUGGACGAUAACUUAGUACAAGAUCAUCGUUUUUGCACAUGAUCAAGAAAACGCCUGUGCCGCGUUAUUAGGUUUACGUCCACGUCUUCCAUUUUUUUCUACUACACUCCAUAUCCGGUUCCGCCCCGACCUGUUCCCCUCCCUUAAUAUGCUUAUGUUAAGCAUGUUAAUCUAGUAGACCAUGAUCCACUUUGACUCUAAGGCAAGAAGAAGGUGGACGAGGUGAAGAUGAUCGAAAAGCGCACGGACCCCUCCGACGGCAAUGGGCCUUUUACUCACGCUAGUUUCAUCAGAUUCCAUGGCCCAGAGAAAGGAGAGGAGCUCUGGGAAGCAGGAGGUAUUGCUCGGAUGUCUUCUCUUUUUUAUAUAUGUAAGACAUUUACGACGUAUACAACUAAGUAAAAUUUCUUAUAGGAUGAAACUUACUACUUCCACCUUCGUAAAGAAGUGUUCAUCCUCUUCGCUCUAGUUGAUUGAUGUUCGGAACAAUUGAAAACUCUUCUAAAUUCAGUGCUGAGAUCAAAGGAAGUUGGAGAUCAAAUUCAAAGGAAGUUGAAAAAAAUAAUAGAAACCUUUCAGAUUAGAACAACUUCAACUGCAUAAUAGAAACCUUUCAGAUUUAUUGCAGGACCAUUUCCCUGAAGCAGUGAUAGAGAUGCUCCUGAUGGCACUUUCACAAAAACUAACGACCUCUCAUCCACUUCCACCACAGCUGAUACUGCGGUUAUGGUAGAAGCGAAAAAGAAGGGCAAAGGAAAGGGAAAAAAGAAGGAAGAAGCAAAGAAAAAGGUUGAGCGAGGAGGUGGAGCAGCCUCCUCAUCAAAGAGUCAAGGGAAGCAGAGCCAGAAGAUCGUCAAAAAGGAAAGCGAUCCGAAAUCUUAUGAUUGUAGCACUAGAAGCAGUGGCUGUAGCACCAGCAGUAGCUUUUCUAUUAUUUUCUCAGUUCUACAACUUCUUGGCACCACCAGAAAUAAAUGUCUACUUACUCCCACCAGCUCUACAUCUAGUAUCUACAAACAUGCGACGACUAUUCAUCCACAACCACGACCUGAUCUAAUGCUUGAAGAGCAAAGGCAAGGGAGGCAAAAAGGGGACAGGAACGAAAGGCGGGCAGGAAAAACGAGUCGACCCAAGUGACGGCAAUGGACCAUUCACUAAAGGUAACGCGUUUAGCUAAACCAUAAGACUGCCUGUAUUUCUCGGCUCUUAUCUCUCGCUUAAUACCAGUUACUCUUACUGUUAUCGUAUGACAUAAUUCGAACUUCACGCUCACAUACUUUAUUCUCUUUUUCCUUACCACCCCCACGAGUCCUCGACACUGACGCUUGUUCUUACGUGUCUGUGUCACUACACUAAGACUUCUCAAGGAAGACACAUCUUGUCAAGAUUUUCCAUCAUAAUCUCCAGCCUCGUUCGUCCGAUUUCACGGUGAAGAAAAGGGUCUAUCGUUAUGGAACCAGGCUGGGAAGCAAGCGUCACCUGGAAAAAAAGCUCCCAUGAAAAGUGGAUCAUCCGCUGGGAAGCAAGCGUCACCUGGAAAAAAAGCUCCCAUGAAAAGUGAAUCACCCGGGAAGAACCCUUUCAAGUAAGAACAGUUGUAACGCCUAUGCUGGCAGACAAUUUAGCAGGUCGUCAUCUGUUUUACAUCAUGUAGAAGUAGGUGGUCUUGUCAGUGACACGGGCUGCACGGCGGCCUUGAUGUUGCUCUUCACUCUCUUCAUUCAAUACUAGAACAUGUUCAACAAGCACGGGCACUGGGUUCUCCACUUCAAAGCUUUAGCAGUGAUAUACUAGAACAUAUUUAAGCACUGAGUUCUCCGCUUCACAGCUUCGGGACUACCAGCAUGCUGAGCCUUUUUCCUCAUCACGACCGAAGUAGGCUCAGGCAGCAUCAGGCUCAUCAUGUGAGCUAUUUACUUAUAUUGCACAUGAUCCUUCAGAAUUUACUGAGCCUUGAUGUCAGGCUUCAUUCACAAUUUACAUAUAAUUGUCGUGACUUUAUAGCUAUACUGCGAAAGGUUAAGAUAGUUGUUCUUCGCGGUGAAAUGAAUUUUUGAUCAGCUUCGUACUUCCGUUCCGAGGCCCGAUUUUCUUCUCAGCCCCCACACAGUGGUAUUGGUCCUCAUAUGGCUCGACUUAUUGAAUUUGAAUAAGUACUUCUAGAUAGCUUUAGCCAUUGUAUUUUGUUACGUUAAUAUUGACGGCUUCAUCUGAUGAUUACGUUUACGGCAAGAAGGUAUUUUUUGAUAUGCUCGAUGAACGAUGUAGCCAUCUACCGGAGGAAGAGGAGGUCACGACCAAGCAUAAUAACGUUUCUGAGCACCUGAUCCUGAUGAAAUACUAUGUGUAUUAAUGUUGCCGAAAAGCAUAACCAU